GUAGCUCACUAUGGCCCUGGCAGACAACGCGGGCUGUGCCAAACCCAGCGAGGACAUCCCCUUCCCAGAGAUCAUUGAACUCAAUGUGGGCGGACAAGUCUACAUCACCCGCCACCCCACCCUGGUCAGCGUGCCUGGCUCGCUCCUCUGGGAGAUGUUCACCCAGAAGAAUGUCCGCUCCCUGGCCCGUGACAGCAAGGGACGGUUCUUCGUGGAUCGGGAUGGCUUCCUCUUCCGCUACAUCUUGGAUUACAUGAGGGACCAGCAGCUGGUGCUGCCUGACCACUUCCCGGAGAGGAGCCGGCUGCAGCGAGAGGCCGAGUACUUCAUGCUGCCGGAGCUCGUGAAGAUGCUGGCCCCCAAACUCAGCAAGCAGAACUCGCUGGGCGAUGACCCAUGCCAAAGCGACCCGGAGGAGCUCUCUCCCAGUGCGGAUGCCACCCGCAACCUGACCUCUGCCAGUGCCACGCUCCCCAGUGCUGUGGCUGGUGGCCCCGGUGGUGCCGUUACCACCAGCACGGGUGCUGCCAGCACUGAUAUCCGCAGGGCUGGCUUCAUCACCAUAGGCUACCGGGGCUCCUACACCUUGGGCAGGGACAGCCAGACGGAUGCCAAGUUCCGCAGGGUGGCCCGGAUCAUGGUCUGUGGCAAGACCUCGCUGGCCAAGGAGGUGUUUGGGGAUACCUUGAAUGAGAGCAGAGACCCGGACAGGCCCCCGGAGAGGUACACGUCCAGGUACUACCUCAAGUUCACCUUCCUGGAGCAAGCCUUUGAUAAACUGGCCGAUGCUGGCUUCCACAUGGUGGCUUGCAACUCCACAGGCACCUGUGCCUUCGCCCACGACCAGACAGACGACAGGAUCUGGACCUCUUACACCGAAUAUGUUUUCUAUCGUGAGUGACAUACAAAAAAACCUCCCCCUCAC